AUGACCCUCGAGGCUGAAAGCACAGUCGUGCGCGUGGGCGGGUGGCCAUGGCAAGGAUGCUUCUGCUUCCUGCAGAGAGAGCGCCGUGUGGUGCUGCAAGGCAACAUCCUGUUGCUCUGCCACCUUGCCAAAGGCGAGCACCCGGCGGUGCAGCGACUGCAUUCACUGCGCCACUUGGGCGGCGUCUCCCAAGCUACGCCCUGCAUCGACCCGUGGACAGUGCAGCGUGUUGUGCCCCUGACCCAUACGGAGGUGCUGAGUGAAGGUGACACUUGCAAAGUCGUUCCCCGAGACGGGGACCCGUUACACCUUCACUUUCGCUCGGAGGAGGCAGCCAGCCGCUGGUGCCAGCUGCUGACGAAAGCCCGCGAGGACUGGCUUUUGCAGCAGGAGGUGCUGGAGCAGGCAGCAUCGCCACUGGCCGCCAAGCAGGUCUUUGGCACGCAGGUCCCAUCCGUGGAAGCAUCAACGCCGGUGUCCGCGGAGAUGGCCUCCCCUUCCAAAAAGGAGCCGCCGGGCAAGCGAGGGAGCAGCCGCGAGGAUCUGUCACCAAGGCGCGGUGAGCAGGCGCGGCUCUCCGACCUCGCAGCGCUCAGAGCAAGCCUUGCCGCGCAGCAGGCUCGCCUCGAAGCGAAAAGCUCUGAAAGGACAUCUCCUGCACAGGCGGGGCCCAAAGUCCGCCGCCCGCUGUCUACAGAGGGCGCUGGCCUCUCGCCCGCGCGUCGCGCAGUCACGCUCAGGUCUUCGAGCGCUGGAGGCAUCCAAGGGGUUUCGAGCCGACGUCCCGGGAUGCUGGCCGUAUUGACUGCGCCGCUCUCGCCGCGCGCUCGAAGUCGAAAGCUGGCCUUCCAGCAGCUGCUCUCAGAUGACGUGCUCCACAAGAACCGGAGGUAG